AUGCCACGCCUUCGUGUCGUCGCCGGUCCAUCCCUCGAUGCGCUCGUCCCCAUCAGCGUCAACACUGGCAAAGCGCACGAUGUUUCUUCACCCCUAUUUAAGGGCAAAAUCGCCGCGUACAUAAAGGACUUUCCUGACGAGAACGGCAACGUCCUGAGUUCGGAGUAUUUUGAGCGGCCGGAGAGGAAAGGUGUAACUUGGAGCAUACAGGUUCAAGGCAGGUUCUUGAAUGAAGUCUCCGCCAAUGAUGUUCUCUUCGGAAACACGUUCUCCCGUCCGCUGACCCUGCCAUGGGGUGUCGGUGCGGCAUUCAAAUUUAUGAAGUAUGUCGACCCCACGCUCGAGCACGAUCUUGGCUCCAAGACAAAGCCUUGGGCGCUUUCUCCUCUACUCUCUACGAUGCCGUACCUUGUUCACUCGCGCGAUGGCGGGCCCAACUUUCCGUCUACGAAUCGCACGUCGAUAGGAGACGAUGUGACGCAACUCGCUCUUAGCAGUCCUCCGUCCUCGCCGGCAUCAAGUCGAUCGAGCUCCAGCUUGUCCAGCAUGUCCUCUGACGGGAGUGAAAGGGAUGUCUCGCCCGUCGAGAAAGUGGCGGGCGUUAAGGCGAAGAAGACCAAAAGAAGCUGGUCAUCUCGAAGCUCCAGAUCUGGAUCGGAGGAAGGGUCAAGCGCCGGUGUCGCGGCAAAGAUCCCUGCGGGAAACACGCGUGCACGGCGCACCUACUUUGCCGACGAGAAGCAUAGGAAAGAAGUUAUGCUCGGUCCCGAGGAUACCAUUACCACAGACUUCGCCUACGGCUUCCUCACCUUCGUCCCCACCCCGGCACUCAACCUUCCUGGUGGUAUAAGCUUUGACUUAAUGCGGUACUGGGACGGUCAACCCGUUCGCUUCAUGUGCUGCGAGCGUAAACGCGAGGGCCAAGGGAGUGAACCUUGGGGGAGGGUGUUUUGGUGCGUGGCGAUAGAACUAGUUCAGGACGAUUAG